UGAACAAUCUUCACAGAUUCUCAGUCCCAUUGCUUUCUGCACUCCCUGUGAGUCUCUGAGCCAACUGCAAACUCCUUCAGUCAUGAACAAGAUCAUCGUCUACGAAAAUAAAAACUUCCAGGGCCUCAGCAGAGAGUUCACCUCUGAUGUCCCCGAUUUAAGUAAUGUGAGUUUUGAUAACUGCAUCUCCGCUCUGAAGGUCAUUGGGAAUCCAUGGGUGGCGUACACAGGUGCAGAUUUCGCUGGCGAACCGACUGUCUAUGAGGAAGGAGAAUAUCCCAGCGUGCACUACAAUAACAACAUUUCUUCACUAGAGGUGGUGACAGACGACCUGGAUAAUCCUCAGAUCACACUGUAUGAAAAGGAAAACUACGAGGGCCGGAGUCUCGUCCUCAACUGUGAGACCAACUUGCUUCACGGCACUUUUAACGAUAAAGCAUCUUCUCACAAGGUGCAGAGAGGAGCCUGGGUUCUGUAUCAGCAUACAGACAGAGGUGGGUAUAUCCGGGUUGCCAGAGCUAGUCGUGAUGUGCCUAAGUACGACUGGUUCGACAACCGUCUGACCCACAUCCGUCCUCUUAAAGCAGGCAAACCCACCGUUAAAGCUGAAGUUGAAUGGGACAAAAAGAAAGAACACAUAAAAAAAGUUAUCAUCGAUUCCAUCACCGGUGUGAAUUAUGGAUCAGAGAAACAAACCUUCACCACUGAGCUGAGUAGAGCGUAUUCAGGAUCUGUCACUGAGAGUUUCAACUUUAGCAAUUCCACACAGAUUGGUUUGGGAACCAAAUUUGGUAUAACAGUGUUUGGUGUUGGAAUAGAGAACACCUUAAAUGUUAGUAACAUCUUUGCCGUGGAGAAGGGCAGCAGCAACACCAAAACCACAAAUGAAAGCAUCAGAGUCUCCUUGCCAGCCACCAUUCCUCCUCGCACCAAGCUAACGGUGAACGUGGUGAGGAAGGAGGUGGCCGUUACAGUCCCGGUCAAACUGACCAUCACCACCGGCUUUCACUCUAAAGUCGAGUAUGGAGAGUACAGGUGCGAGGAUGGGAAUUCUAUUACCACUGAAUUCAAGGAGGAGAAGAUACAGCCACAUAAGAGAUAAAACACUCCGUCAUGCUGUUAUAGGAAAAAAAUCAGUAACGGAGUCGUGUACGCACAGUUACUGUUACAAGUAUUAUAGAAAAUUAAUCAACAGCUUUUGACCAAUCAGAAUUGAGAAAUCAACAGCACUGUGGUAUUAAAUUUGUUUUAGAGAUACUCUGUCCAUGUUAUAAGAAAGAGCAGUCAUCUUAUCUCAUAUAAGUUUUGUUUUGCCUUUUACAUUUUCUUCAGUUUAAACUUUCUCAUUUGCUGUGUAACUUUGGUUCGGCUUUGAACUUCUUUUAUAUCCAAAUCCACUUUUAUUCAUGAUGAUGUCUUGAUUUUAAAAACAGGAAUAAUGAAGGGAAAAUUAAUCAGUAGCUUAAAGGUUGAAUAAGUGUGUAUCGAGAUGGGAUUUAGUCAUGAUUUUUAUACUGUAUGUAUCACUGUAAUAUGAUUCAGUUACUGUUUCAGCUUAUUUGAAUUAUGCAUUUACUAGUUUUAGUUCCUACUGUAGCCUAAUAAUCUCAAAGUGUCUGAAGAGUGUGUUUAAUCCUGAAUCCUUGUCUUUCUCUGAACUUUCACUGACAUUAUUAAUGCAGCUAAUUAAUGUUACGCUGCCCCUAAAUCUAACCCAAACCUUAACCACAGUAACCAAAAGGAAAUCUUUUACAUGUAUUAGUUUUAGUAAAUAAAAAACUAAAUGUAAUUUUUUUUGAAAAGUUGUUUCCCUGUAGGGUCCAGCCAAAUGUUGCCACAAGUUCAAAACUCAUAUUCCAAUACUUAUGGGGAUAUUUGUUCUCUAGAUAUCAACACGCAGACAGCUUUAGCGUUUUUUAUUCUUUAAGUCAAUGAAAAAUCUACACUCAUGAAGGCCAAAUGUUUGUAUAAUGGACAAUCUUUCUCACGGCUCAUGUACAGCUAAACAAUAAAGUCUGUGUGUGUGUCUGUGUCCGUUUGCAGACGUAAGGGAUGAAGGGUGCAAACAAACAAAAAAGUCCUUUCUCUCACUAACCUGUUUUAUCGAUGUUUCAUAAAAAAAAUUUCCAUUUUC